UUAAAAUAAAAGAUUGUAAUAAACAAAUAUUAAGUGAAGAAUUACCAGUAGUGACUACAGAUUAUAGUAAAGAUGAAAUCAACUUUGAAGAGUUUUUCAAGUUUAGUAAAGAAAUAAAUGAUAUAAGUAACUUAUCUACAGAACCCAUAUCUUUGAAAGAAGGAGACUCUUUUAUUAACUUUGAUGAAGCAGAAGAACAAUUCUCUGCAAACAUUCAGGAUAACCCUAGUUUGUACAUUUUUGUUACUACAUUUAAUAAUAUUUAUAAUUAUGAUCUUUCAUCUAAGCCUAUAAACUUUGAAAAGAAGAAACAGUUCUCAGAAGAAAUGUGA